AUGUUUGGAUGGAAUGUUUCUUCUGCUCCGUCUCACAACCAUUCUCAUCCCCAUGUGUCGUUCUUUCAUAUUGUCACGCGAAGUCAGCAUACUAUGCUGAAAACGUGCGUAAGCGCGGUAGAAUUUUCUAAUGCUCUAAAAACGGAUCAAACCAGUCGAUUCAACCGGUCUAAACAUGACAGCAAUUACAAACGGCGUCGUUUUUGGCAAAUUUGGCUUCCUUUCACUCUUGGUUCUGAAGCUCCUUUGUUUCUUUCUCUCUUUCUCCCUCUCUUUCUUUCAUUCACAGAAACUCAGCCAAAAAACCCUAGCACUGUAAGCCUACACCACCGCCGCAAGGAGUGGCAUACUGCCGCCGUCCGUCCGUCCGUCUAUCUAGCUUUCCUCGUACUCCAAGUCUUUAACCCCUGUUCGCUGUCACCGAUCGCAGCUGCUUCCUCGAACUGGGCGUCCGUCGUCUUUGUCUGCUUAGCCGCGCUUCCGCCGCCGUUUGUUUGCCGUUCACGUUCGCGUCUUUGUUCAGCCGUCGUCUUCGUUCGCAGUCUUCGCCGUUUAAGUUUGCUCGGCGUUUACUGUUCGCGUUCACUCGCCGUUCACCGUUCGUGUUCGCAUUCGCGUUCAUUUGGAAGCCACGUUGCUCUGCUUCAAAAUCUGUGUCCAACCCGCGCGCUCCACCUAGCCGUCAAACUGCUCUCUUUUGUCGUCGCGAUGAAAAGGAGAAAGCAAGAGGAUAAAGUGAAGAGGGUGCAACAGCAGGAGGAAUGUUUUAAGCCUGUUAAGGUACUGUCCUUUUUCUUGCAGAUAUGAUAGAUAGAUUAGAUCACUACAUGAUAGAACUCCAAAUUAGAAGAAAGAAUGUUGUGGCAAUGAAAAAAUUGGAGGCAACUAAAGCAUUGGAAGAAGAAAGAGACAAAUUGAAAGUGGAGCUUAUACAGCUAGAAUUUGAUCUCAAGUCUAAAUAGAAGAUAUGUGGAUCCUCAAAAGUUAAUGAUGUACUAGAGUUUGUUGUAAAUACUCUUCAACUCUCGUUUCACUAAUUUCUUUCUCUCAUUAAUUUGUUUAUUUGAUAAUUAUUGGAUAAAUCUUGCUCUCUUAU